UGGUUGCGAUAUCAAAACAAAUGCAGCACCACCAAAAACAACAAAUAUUCGGCACCUUAAUAACACGGAAAAAUAAUAAUUUUUAGCGAAAUAAAACACAAUAUGCCAAAAGUAAAAACGGAGAAAAAAUCACGCAUACACCAUGAGGUGCAAAAACAAGGCAUCGUCUUCAAUAAGGAUUUUGGCCAGCAUAUACUCAAAAAUCCGCUGGUCAUACAAAGCAUGCUGGAAAAGGCUGCACUACGAAACACGGACACCGUGUUGGAAAUCGGUCCCGGUACCGGUAAUAUGACAGUGCGUAUGCUGGAGCGGGCAAAAAAAGUGAUUGCCUGCGAAAUCGACACACGACUCGCUGCCGAGUUGCAAAAACGUGUGCAAGCCACACCAUUGCAACCAAAAUUGCAAGUACUAAUCGGUGAUUUUCUCAAAGCUGAACUGCCUUUCUUUGAUUUAUGCAUUGCCAACGUCCCAUAUCAAAUUAGUUCUCCGCUAAUAUUCAAAUUACUGCUGCACCGGCCGCUUUUUCGCUGUGCUGUGCUGAUGUUUCAGCGGGAAUUCGCUCAACGCUUGGUUGCCAAGCCAGGUGAUAAGCUCUAUUGUCGGCUAAGCAUCAACACGCAAUUGUUGGCACGCGUCGAUAUGCUCAUGAAAGUUGGUAGAAAUAAUUUCAAGCCACCACCAAAGGUAGAAUCAAGCGUUGUACGAUUGGAGCCAAAAAAUCCACCGCCACCAGUUAAUUUUACCGAAUGGGAUGGUUUAACGCGUAUCGCAUUUCUGCGCAAAAACAAAACUUUGGGUGCGGCGUUCAAAAUCAAUUCAGUACUAGAUAUGCUGGAGAAGAAUUACAAAUUGCAUCUAUCGUUGCAUAAUAAGCCUCUCGAGCCAGAUUUUGACAUGCAAACCAAAGUAAUAGGCAUCCUACAAAAACUGGAAAUGGAAAGUGCACGCGCACGCUCUAUGGACUUGGACGAUUUUAUGAAACUGCUGUUGGCAUUCAAUUUCGAAGGCAUACACUUUAACUAGUGCUUGCUAACUUAAUUUGUAAAUACCUAGAAUUAGUGAAUAAGAUAAAUUAAUAAAAUACGAAAGGUGUCACGAUUAGCAAAUGCAGCUGACAAUGACAUGAUGACCGUUCGUGUAUACAAAUAACUAAAUCAA